AUGGCCCGGCUGGGCGCGGGGAUGCUGCUGGGGUCGCUGCUGGCGCGCGCGCGUUGCUGCGGGCGGCCGGUGGCCGGCGGCGCCCGGGCCUGUAGCUCCACGUCCGCGCAAGGCGGCCUGGAGGGCCCGGUGCGCCGGCGCUCCUACUGGCGCUACGUGCGGCGUCUGGUGCGGGGAGCGCCGGAGCCGCCGUACCAGCACGUGUGCCAGGUCGGGGACCCGGCGCUGCGGGUCGUGGCGGCCCCCGUAGAACCGGCGCAGCUGGCGGGGCCCGAGCUGCAGCGGCUGGUGCAGCGGCUGGUGCAGGUGAUGCGGCGCCGGGGCUGUGUGGGGCUGAGCGCGCCGCAGCUCGGGGUACCGCUGCAGGUGCUGGCCCUCGAGUUCCCCGAGACGCUCUUCCGCGCCUGCGCGCCGCGCCUGCGCGAAGUCCGCCAGAUGGAGCCCUUCCCCCUGCGCGUGUUCGUGAACCCGAGUCUGCAGGUGCUGGACAGCCGCCUGGUCACCUUCCCCGAGGGCUGCGAGAGCGUCGCGGGCUUCCUGGCCUACGUGCCCCGCUACCAGGCCGUGCAGAUCACAGGGCUAGACCCUAGAGGAGAGCAGGUGGUGUGGCAAGCCAGCGGGUGGGCAGCCCGCAUCAUCCAGCAUGAGAUGGACCACUUGCAAGGCUGCCUAUUCAUUGACAAAAUGGACAGCAAGACAUUUACAAACAUCCACUGGAUGGAGGUGAAUGACUAAAAUUUUCUUACUGCAUCUGAGGAUUCUGGAAAAAAAGUUGUUUUGACUUUGAUCUGAAUGAGCCUUACUUGGCAUCAGCUUAGUAUUGGCUCAGCUGACAGAAAUCUGUGCACUGCCAAAGCAAGCCAAGUCAGGUUGGAAGGUGUUUGAAAUGUUUAACCUGAAAUGUUUAACUGCUAUCAACUUGAGAAGAAAAUACUUACUUUGUUGAAGGAGUGGAUACUUUCUGAUGAUAGCCAUGCUCAGAAGACGUGUCAUCUGUUCCUGAAGCCAAGAUUUGAUGAUAAUGUAUCAAAUUUCAGAUAAUGUCACCAAAUAUCACACCAAAGCUGUGUUUAAAAAUGUUGAGAUUAGGGAGGGAAGUGCACUGGACUAUGGUGAUGGCACAUGGGUGACUUGGUGGUGGGAAACACACAGGUAUUAUA